AUGAUUAAGCCAUCUUCCCCAACCCCUCACGAACUUCGUCAUCACCGACCCUCCUCGAUCGAUCAAGAAGUAGCGCCGGUUUAUAACCAUCUGGUCUUGUUCUACCCGACCAAAUCCAAUGUCCAAACCAACAACAUCAACAUCCCCGAUCUCCACCACUUUAAACUGUCCGUAUCCCAAGCACUAACCCACUUCUAUCCACUAGCGGGACGCAUUAGAAAACUCAACAAGUUGUUCCCUUUUCCUCUCGAUGAUGCUGCGGAAUUGCCGAUGGGAAUCCAGUUCAACGUUUUCGUCUGCGGUGGAAUCGGAAUCGGUUUGUGUGUUUCUCACAGGAUGGGCGACGCGUCGUCGUAUUUCACGUUUUUGAAUACAUGGGCAGCAAUUUCUCGCGGGGAUGAUAAGGACGUAGUUAAACCCGAGUUCGUAUCGGAUAAGCUUUUUCCGGCAUGGAACUUGUCGGCUCCUGAACCAUUGUUGGCACCAACAAGUGAAAAGAACCAAAUCAGAGCAAAAUAUCCAGCUGAAAAUGGAAUCCACCCUUCACAUAUUGAGGCCUUAUCAGCUUUCAUAUGGACUCGUUUCAUCGCUUCCACUAAAGAAAACCCUUUACGCACAAGAUUUGAGCCGCCGCUUUCAGCUCAGUCUCUUGGGAAUAUUUUCCACCUUGCAAGAAUAAUUCCUUCAAUGGAAAAAGAAAAAGACGAUGGAUCGUAUAAUCUGGUCAGCCAAAUGAGAGAAUCCAUUAGAAGAAUCGACAAAGAUUACGUGAGGAAGCUUCAGGUUGGUGAAAGUGGUUCCUUUAAGGGAAAGACGAUCCCCUUUAUCUUCACUAAUUUAUGCAGGUUUCCACCGUACGAAGCUGAUUUUGGUUGGGGAAAACCAGUAUGGGUAAGUUCUGCAAAUUUGAGCACCAAGGAUGUGGUUGUUUUUAUGGAUUCUGCAAAUGGUGAUGGAAUAGAAGCUUGGAUUCAUCUCAAGGACGGAGACAUGGUUGAAUUUGGAAGCGAUGAAGAAUUACUUAAAACAGUUUAA